UGUAAACUCACCUGAGCCCAGUUCGUGAGAUUUUUUUGCAGAAACUUUGAACCGAGACCUCUGACAGUCGUGGAAUCAGUAACGGAACACGAUGGCUACCGUGCGCAAGAAAGUCGACAACCGGAUCCGAGUCCAGAUCGAGAAUGGAGUCGCUCUGAAGCAUCGCUCCAUGUUUGUGGUGGUGGGAGAUCGCGGGAGAGACCAGGUGGUCAUCCUGCAUCACAUGCUGUCUAAAGCCGCCGUGAAGGCGAGACCCUCUGUGCUGUGGUGCUACAAGAAAGACCUGGGAUUCAGCAGCAAUCGAAAGAAGCGCAUGAAGCAGCUCCAGAAGAAAAUCAAGACGGGAACGCUAAAUCUCAAUCAGGACGACCCAUUCGAACUUUUUGUGGCAGCAACUAACAUCCGCUACUGUUACUACAACGAGACGCACAAGAUCCUGGGAAACACGUUCGGCAUGUGUGUCUUACAGGACUUCGAAGCGCUCACUCCAAACCUUUUGGCGAGAACCGUAGAAACGGUGGAAGGAGGAGGCAUCGUGGUCAUUCUGCUGAGAACCAUGAACUCUCUGAAGCAGCUGUACACCAUGACCAUGGACGUGCACUCUCGCUACAGGACGGAGGCUCAUCAGGAUGUGGUUGGACGCUUUAAUGAGAGGUUCAUUCUGUCUCUGGCGUCGUGCAAAAACUGUGUGGUUAUUGACGACCAGCUGAACAUCCUGCCGCUCUCCAGCAACAUGGCAAACAUCAAGCCGGUGCCCCCCAAGACUCAGGAGGACGGCUUGUCUCCUCGGGAGCAGGAGCUGAAGGAUUUGAAGGAGUCCCUUCAGGACACCCAGCCUGUGGGGGUGUUGGUGGACUGCUGCAGGACCAUGGAUCAGGCGAAGGCCGUGUUGAAGUUUAUUGAAGCGAUUUCAGAGAAGACCCUGAGGAGCACGGUCGCUCUGACCGCCGCCCGCGGUCGAGGAAAGUCUGCUGCUCUUGGCCUGGCGGUCGCUGGAGCUGUGGCUUUUGGUUACUCCAACAUCUUUGUAACCUCGCCGAGUCCAGACAACCUUCACACCAUGUUCGAGUUCAUCUUCAAAGGCUUUGACUCCCUGGACUACCAGGAGCACCUGGACUACGAGAUCAUCCAGUCUUUGAAUCCAGAGUUCAACAAAGCUGUGGUGCGGGUGAACAUCUUCAAAGAGCACCGGCAGACCAUCCAGUACAUCCACCCAGGCGACGCCGUCAAGCUGGGACAGGCCGAGCUGCUGGUGAUCGACGAGGCCGCCGCCAUUCCUCUUCCUCUGGUGAAGAACCUGCUGGGGCCGUACCUGGUCUUUAUGGCCUCCACCAUCAACGGCUACGAAGGAACCGGACGCUCGCUGUCCCUCAAACUGAUCCAGCAGCUGAGGCAGCAGAGUGCCGACAGUCAGCAGAGCCUGUCAGCGGAGAACAAAACCACCAACACCGCCCGGCUGGCGGCAGCUCGCUCCCUCCACGAGGUUUCCCUGCACGAGUCCAUCCGGUACGCCCCGGGAGACGCGGUGGAGAAGUGGCUGAAUGAGCUGCUGUGUCUGGACUGUCUCAGCAUUCCCAGGCUGGUUUCUGGCUGCCCGCUGCCGCAGACGUGCGACCUAUAUUACGUGAACAGAGACACGCUGUUCUGCUACCACAAAGCUUCAGAGGCGUUCCUGCAGCGCCUCAUGGCUCUCUAUGUGGCGUCGCACUACAAGAAUUCGCCCAGCGACCUUCAGAUGCUGUCCGACGCUCCGGCCCAUCACCUCUUCUGCCUCCUGCCGCCCGUUCCCCCCACACAGAACUCGCUGCCCGAGGUCCUCGCCGUGAUUCAGGUGUGUCUUGAGGGUGAAAUAUCAAGACAAUCCAUCCUGAACAGCCUGUCCAGAGGGAAGAAGGCGUCAGGUGAUCUGAUUCCCUGGACCGUGUCAGAACAGUUUCAAGACCCAGAGUUCGGAGGCCUUUCUGGAGGCAGGGUGGUGCGAAUAGCCGUCAAUCCGGACUACCAGGGGAUGGGUUACGGCUCCCGAGCUCUCCAGCUGCUGCAGAUGUACUACGAGGGCAAGUUUCCCGCCACGGACGAGAGCACAGGCUCAACCCAGCAGGAGAUCACCUCUGUCAGCAGUGAGGCCGUCAUUCUGCUGGAGGAGGUGAUCACUCCUCGCAAAGAGCUUCCUCCUCUGCUGCUGAAGCUGAGCGAGCGGAGAGCAGAGAGGCUGGACUAUUUAGGAGUCUCCUACGGCCUCACGCCACCGCUCCUCAGGUUCUGGAAGAAAGCCGGAUUCACUCCAGUCUACUUGAGACAGACUCCUAACGACCUGACGGGGGAGCACUCCUGCGUGAUGCUGAAGGAGCUGAAUGCGGAUGAAGGGUCGGAGCAGGGUCAGUGGCUGUCCGCCUUCUGGAAAGAUUUCCGCCGGCGCUUCCUGUCUCUGCUCUCCUACCAGUUCAGCAGCUUCCAUCCCAGCCUGGCGCUCAACAUUUUACAGAACAAGAAGUCCAAGGAGGACUCGAGCACUCUCAGCAGCGCGGAGCUGGCAGGACACUUCAGCCCGUACGACCUCAAGCGUCUGGAGCUGUACUCCAGGAGCAUGGUGGACUACCACCUCAUCAUGGACCUGAUCCCUGCCGUGGCGCGCAUGUUCUUCCUCAAGCAGCUCGGGGACGUCUCCCUCUCCGCAGCGCAGUGUGCUCUGCUGCUGGGAAUCGGACUGCAGCACAAAUCGGUGGAGCAGCUGGAGAAGGAGAUCGAGCUCCCGAGCUCGCAGCUCAUGGGCCUCUUCAACCGUCUCAUCCGCAAAUUUGUGCAGGUUUACACAAACAUCCAGGAGAAAGCCAUCGAGGCGCAGAUGGUCACCGCCAGAGACGUGACCAUGGAGCCGACCAUCAGCAGCCUGCAAGAAGACCUGAAUGAAGCGGCGAAGGAGUUUGAGGAGAAGCACAAACAGGAUGUAGAGAAAGUGAAAGAAAUGCACCUGGAUGAGUACAGGAUUCGAGGAGACGACGAGGAGUGGGACCAGGCAUUGAAAAAAGGCGGGAACACGUCUAUUAUCAGCAUCAAAAGCGAGAAGAAGAGGAAGUGGGAAGGAGGAAAUGUAGCAAGCAACGGGGCGCCGCAGCAGGGGAAGCUGAAAAAGAAGGACAAGCAGCUUGGAAAAUUCAAGAACAAGGACAAACAAGGCAAAUUUGGAAAGCAUCUACGUUGAUGGGAAUACAUGUGUCUCAGAGAUAUGUGAAUAUUUUUGGACUGACGUACAGACACUGAAAAUCAUCCAGAAGAUCGUUU